AAGAGGCUACCAGUGGCGGCAGCGCCGCGUUAUCGCGGCGAGAGGUCGGAGCCACGGAAGUACGACGGCUCAUCGCCAGAUAUUAAAUUUGGGAAGGAUUCGUUAAUACACCAAAAUGAAAAUCGAUCGCAGUAGAUUGAAAAAGUGCACUUCCGAAGUGCCGGCAGAAUGUCAGGCACUCAUAAGCAAACUGCGCUCUUGCUCGCAUGCGGAGCUGCUGGAAGAACUGAAGCAGAUAGACGCGUGGACGUUCGGAAAGUGCGAAUUGUUUCAUUGGAUCGAUGUCUUAGAUCUCAGUGACAGUAUUUUAGAAGAAGCUGCAGCAAGGAGUCCUGAUAAUCCAUGGGAAUUAGCAUGUGAUCUUCCUCAAAAUCGAGAGGCGAAAGAGCUGCUUCUCUGGGUUCUCCACUUCACAACGUUGUUAAUUGAGCAUUCAUUCUCACGGCAUUUGUACAACAGCAUGGAACACUUGGUUACUUUACUAUCAAGUUGUAACAUGAAUGUAGUCCUCGGUGUAUUAAAUCUUCUGUACAUGUUUAGUAAACGCAGUAAUUUUAUUACACGUCUAAAUAGUGACAAACGGCAGGCUUUGCUCAGCAGGCUUAUUCACCUAGCAGAGAGUUGGGGAGGAAAGGAGAACGGUUUUGGUUUGGCAGACUGCUGCAAGGAAUUUCCAGAGAAACCAUUUCCAGCGAGCGCCACAACGUUACACUUCGAAUUUUAUGCGGAAAAUCCGACUGUAGCGGAGCCAUCGGCAACUGGUACAUCACUCUCUAGUACAAAGAAAGUUGGUCAAAUGAAUCUUGUAACAUAUAUACAUAUAGAAAAUGUUGAUAAACUCGGAAAAACCCCAGCACAGAUCAUGAAUGAUUUGUUGAAAGUUUAUAACGUACCUCAGGAACGACAGAUGGCUCUAUUGACACACAUAAGACUAGCGCAUAGUUUUUCGGAUUAUCGAAGACGAUUGCAGUGCGUACAGGCACGGUUGCAAGCACUAUCCGUGCUUGUGUACAGCAACGCGCUGCAAGAAAAUGCGCAUAGUCUUCUCCACGCCGGACUUCUCGAAGAACUGGUUGAAUUGUUGGAAUUGCCACAUACUCAUCUCGUCGAGAUUCGUGCGGCAGCGUUGCGGACUCUUACGAGCAUUAUACACUUGGAUCGGAAUCCACACUUCCCUAAAAAACCUGGUUCGCGAUUGAAUAUGAUUAUUGACGUCACUGGCGCUAGCUCGUAUCACGGCUUUUUGCCCGUUUUGGUUCGUACUUGUAUAACAACGUUAACCUCGCCACAACCUGAUGGGCAGCCAUUUCCUCUUCCGCUUGCGACAGCCUUGUUUAGUUUUUUAUAUCAUCUUGCAAGUUACGAAGCGGGUGGAGAGGCUCUCGUAAGCUGCGGCAUGAUGGAGAGCCUUUUGAAAGUCAUCAAUUGGCCAGGAAGUGAACUGGAACAUAUAACGUUUGUAACAAGAGCAGUGCGCGUGAUAGAUUUAAUAACAAACAUAGACAUGCAAGGUUUUCAAACUCACAGUGGCUUAGCGAGCUUCAUCAAUCGUUUAGAUAUGGAAGUUAACGUGUGUAGGAAAGAACAGCCGUUUGAAAUUGAGCCAUUGCUCUAUCAAGAUGCUCCGCAAACCUCGCGUGAAAGAUCGGCAGAAAGGGAGGAGGCAUCUUCCACGUCGCGCCGCGAACACGAGACAUUCGAUGAACGAGAGGAGUCGUCUAAUCCUAUGGAGAUAUCGGAAGACGAAAAUACGGUUGCUAAAGCGGACGAGAAGAGCGAACAGCAGCCAGACUACUCUGCCGCUAAGACCGGCAAAACAUGCUUACCACAACGAGCAGCGCUCCUGAAGUCGAUGUUGAACUUUCUUAAGAAAGCAAUUCAGGAUCCGGCAUUUUCCGACAGCAUUCGACACGUUAUGGAGGGUACCCUACCAUCUUCUCUGAAGCACAUUAUAAGCAAUUCAGAGUAUUACGGUCCUUCGUUGUUUUUACUUGCUACCGAUGUCGUGACUGUGUAUGUUUUCCAAGAACCAUCAUUGCUAUCAUCCCUACAAGAUAACGGCUUGACUGAUGUUGUACUCCACGCUUUACUCAUAAAAGAAGUUCCUGCCACUAGAGAAGUAUUGGGCUCUUUACCUAAUGUGUUCAGUGCACUCUGUUUAAAUCAACGUGGUCUUGAAUCUUUUGUGAAGCGGCGGCCAUUCGAACGCUUGUUUAAAGUACUUCUCUCGCCCGUUUAUCUUUCGGCAAUGCGACGACGACGAAGCGCCGAUCCGUUAGGCGAUACAGCCUCGAACCUAGGCAAUGCCAUGGAUGAGCUGAUGAGGCACCAACCAAGCUUAAAAGUCGACGCUAUUGCGGCUAUAAUUAAGUUACUCGAAGAAUUGUGCGUAUUGGGCUGUGAUCCGCGAUACAUAUGUUGGCGUGCCGCCAGUAAAUCCGAAAAUUCGCCAUCAAACACGGCCUCUGGACAUCGUCAAACAUCUGGUCAAUCAGUCGGCGUCGGAGUAGGAGACUCCGGUGGUGGCGGUGGAGGAGGUGGUGGUAGCAGUAGCGAUGAGGAGGAAGAGGAUGAGGAGGAAGCGAGCACGAGUUCGCAUCCUCAACGAGAGGAACAACCUAGUAUGUCGCCACCGCAGCCUGGACCACCUCCUCAACCAAGAGAGAAGACUCCCAUUGCUUUAGUGGAAUAUAUUCACAACGUUAUGAAAUUUGUGGAUGCCAUACUGAGCAACAAUUCAACUGACGAUCACUGCAGAGAAUUUGUUGCUCAGAAAGGACUCGUUCCACUACUAUCGAUUUUGGGUUUACCUAAUUUACCUGUUGAUUAUCCUGUCGCACAAGCGGCCCAAUCUGUAGCCUCGGUGUGCAAAAGUAUUUUGAACCUCGCAAACGAACCAUUGGUACUCAAGACAGGUUUGUCGCAAUUAAAUGAAGUGCUAAAUUUGUUGAAGCCACUUCACAGCAAUAUGGAAUCCCCCGGCGGCUCGGUUUUACUACAUGAACUUGCGUCAGCGCCAAAUUUGGAGACUGCAUUUACAAGUGAUACUGCUACGCCUUUAUUGCACGCUAUGAAUGCAGCUCACGGAUACGUUGUGAUGUUCGUUCACGUUUGCCGUACGAGUCAAAGUGAUAUCCGAAAUCUUUCUAUGAAUCACUGGGGUUCCGAGUUGGGCUUGACCGUUCUCAAAGGUUUAUCGGAGCUUUAUAUGUCUCUCGUUUGGGAAAGUACAUUGCUACUUGCGUUGUGUAGCGAGGAUAUUAUCCCGGCCGGAUGCGAAUUUGGUAAAGAGGACAUGAACAAGUUGAUGCCACCCGAGUUAAAAACCGAGGGCGAGCCUUCGUCCUCCUCCUGGUCCGCUACUGCAUCUUCGGAUAUGGGAAGUAACGGGAUGACCACGGCCAUGGAAGCUCUUAGCACAGAUCCGCCGCCAGUGCCAAUGGAGGUCGACGAUAAACCGAACGUAAGCACCGACAGGCCGAAUAACUAUCAACUGAAGUACAUUAAACCAUUACUUGGCGCUUCUUCAAGACUCGGUAGAGCACUCUCAGAGUUAUUCGGUCUGCUUGUCAAGCUUUGUAUGGGUUCUCCUGUGAGACAACGUAGAGGACAGCAGAUGCCAUUGACGCCCACGUUGCCCUCUCAGGCGGCGCGAAGCGUUGCUACCGCGUUGAACUGCUUGCUGACGCGCGGCUUAUCGUGGGAUAAAUUACCCCCGUCACCGAUUCCCAAGUUCAAGCUCACCUUCCUCAUAUGCUCAGUGGGAUUCACCUCACCGAUGCUCUUCGACGAGAAGAGACAUCCCUAUCACCUGAUGCUUCAGAAAUUUGUUAAGCUAAACGGUCAGAAUGCAUUUUUCUCUACCUUUCACUGGGCAUUGUCGGGCGGAGGCCAGUUUACAUUAUCCGAGGGACUGGAACAUCCUAAUCUACCUGACGGAACUGGCGAGUUUCUGGACGCCUGGCUGAUGCUGCUGGAGAAAAUGGUCAAUCCUAAGGCCAUUUUGGACUCGCCCCACGUGGUCUCGUCAAAGUGCACGGGAAUCUACAAAGUGUGCGAAACGUUCGAUCCUAUCAGAUACCUCAUUGACAUUCAUAAAAAAGCCUUCGAGGCGGUGAUGCUGAUGUGGGGCAAAAAGCCGUUGAAAAACUACGGAGCUCGCAUGACGGAGUCUAUUCUAUCGAUCUUACGACACAUUCUACGCGGCGAGAAGAUUAUCAAGGAGCGCACCGAAAAGGAGGAGAACGGAGGAGACAACGCGAUAGCUAGCGGUAGCGGCGCGAGUGGCGUCAGCAGAAGCAGCGGAACCGAACGUAGAGACGAGCCAGAGGCGGACGUGAAUCCGGAAUAUCUGAGACAACUGAUGGACAUGGGCUUCAGUCGCGCGCACUGCAUAGAAGCGUUGUUGCACACGAUGACCGUGGAACAGGCGACCGAUUACCUCCUGACAAAUCCUGCGACUCUGCGUAGACCUGAUGCUCCAGUGAGCGACGCCAGCGGCCAGGGCUUGAUCAUGGAUUUAGAACUGGCGGACGACGAUCAGAUAAUGCACGCUAUCGCGAUGUCGCUCGGCGACACGGACACGCGCAAGAUCUCGGGCAUCGAGGAGGCGCCCGCGCGCGAGACUACCAUCACCGAGAGCAUAGACGAGUUCACGCGCAGCGCGCUUGGCCAGUGUCUCAAUCUAUUGGACCUCAUGCCGGACACGGUGUACAGGAUUUGCGAUCUGUUGGUAACGAUCACGAAGAGAAACGGCGACGAGUGGCGGGACGAUACGUUACGGCAGUUGAUACGCGAGGUCGGUCGUCUGGUGGACUAUCUGAUCGACAUCGCCGAGAGCCAGGACGAGAAUGCCGGCGCCAGGCUGGUGGAGUGCGAGGAGGCGAACAAGCUGUCCGGUCGCCUUUAUCUGUACACCCUCUUCUUCGAAGGUUCCUUCCAGGAGAUGAGAGUGCCAUGCGCUUUAAUAGUAGAGGAAUGCGCGAUACUGGAUAAGCUUGUGCGUCUGCUGGUGGUGAGCGAGGCGCCGCUUACCGCGAACAAGAACAGAAUCGCUAAAGACUGCAAGGAUACCAGCGCCGUGUUGAGCAUGAAGACACCUAAGUGGCUGGCGCCUCUCUUAUUACUCAUCGAUCGUUUAGAAAAGGUGGCCACUCUUACGCAGCGGAAGCAGAUAAUGCACAAGAUUACAACCAGAGCGUGGAAAUGGUUUGACCUGAGCACUGGCAAGUGGACCCUCUAUUCGCCAAUGAACAAUCGAAUUAUCAACGACGCGUACUGGGCAGGCGAGUCCAGUGUACGGAUAUCAUGCAGUCGGCGUCGAUAUCUCAUCACCUUCUCUUGCAUGACUCAAGUGAAUGAAGACAGUGAUAACAGAAGACCCAUCACGAUGGGAUUCAAGCUGAACACGGACAAAGAGGACGGUGGCUCUGGUUCGGAUUCGAAUAUGGACACUGACGAGAGCCCGGUAGGAGAGGAGAGACGAAAUACUGUGGUACAGGGAUUGGAUCCUAGUAUAGCACCGAGUAUUGUACGUGCGUGUGUAAAGUUUUUGGCGAUCCCAGUCGAUCGGGACGCGUUACAUGCAGUGUUAAAAGUAUGUCUACGUCUGACAAGAGAUUAUCGGAAUGCCGAGGUGUUCGCGCGUGAGGGAGGCGUUAAGUUACUCCUCGAAAUGACACAGAUGUGCAGUUUCACCGGCUGCAUCAACCUCUGCACGUUACUGAUACGACAUACUCUUGAAGAGCCGCGCACGCUUCGCCUCGCGAUGGAGAAGGUGAUUCGUGCGCGCACACAGAGCAACAUACCUCCUGCAUACAAAGAGAUUCUUUUCAUGACGCGGCAAAUUAGCAGCGCCGUUUGCCGCAAUCCGGAAGUAUACAAAGAAGUGUGCGAGAAUAUCCUUAGAGUUGACAUAAGUUGUUUGAAAAAAGAUGAUGUUGACAAUAGGCUAGUCGUUAAAGCCUUACCUCCUAGUCACUCUCCAGCAUUACCGAUGGUGGAAGAGGUAUCCGUAGGUGUUAUUCGUGAUAUGUUGAACGCGUUAAUUAAACCGAUGCCUGUGUCGUCGGAUGACGGGUCGACAACCCCAACGAGCCCCGAAAAGAAGACGUCACACGCGGCGACCUCAUCGAUAGGUAAUACGUCCUCGUCGACGUCGUCACGGCGAGAUGUGCUGAGGAAUAACGCAACGACCACCAACGAUCCCUUGGACGACGAUGAUCAAGUGUCGCAAAUUAUCCCUCUAAAAAUUUAUACCGACAUCGGUAACAACAGCAAGGUAGAGCCGGAGGAGGCAAAGAAGCCCAUCUUGACUAAGUCUGCGAUAUUGAAGAUACUGGCGGAGGCUGUGAGAUCUUACGGCGCCGUAGCUAGUCUUAUCACCGAACAUACGUACCGAGCUGGGCAAAGUGAGAUGGUAUCUGAAGACACGACGGCUUUAGCGUUCUUACUAGAUAAACUUUUGCCGAUGUCGCCGGAAAAUUCGGGCGAUCGAACGUGCAGCAGCAUGGCAAGAAUGUUGAUCGCAGCUAUAGCCUCGUGCAAUCACUCGCCGGAUGUGCAGACAACUUUGGUGACUGAAGUGAAGGCAGCCUUGACGAGGACGCUCGCCCUUCCGGAGAGUUCCGAGAAGCACGCUCAGCUUCAGUUGCUAAUCGGACUGAUCUCUACGAUGAUCGACAGUUGUCCGCCGAAUAUGUCGCAUACGCAGCUGAGAGCUUCUUUGAGGGCCCACCAGUACAACAAUGUCAAUUACAUCGUUAGAAUAAUGCUGAGAAAGGGCAUAAUCACCGAUCUAGCCAAAAUACCGCACAGUCUCGAUCUGUCGAGUCCGAAUAUGGCCGGCACUAUUAACGCCGCGUUGAAACCACUCGAGACCUUGUCGCGCAUUAUCAAUCAACCAAUGCCGGGUGCGGUCAAUAACAAAUUUACGAAGCCGAAAAACAGGACGGUCCAGGAAGAGCCGAUUGGAGAACAGACUGGCACCACGACCUCCGAGGCUACGCACGCCGUGGGCGAGGAAGCGAACGAGGACGCCGAGAACACUGAGCACGAUAUCUCUGUGACUGCGGAAAGCUUGGAACCGACUUCGGAGAGCCAGGUACACGAGGAAGGGGAUGAGGCUGCACUGGAGGAUAUUAUGGAUCAGCUACUCGAGAGUGUACUGUUUUCCAGGGACGGCUCGGCCGUGGCGGAAGAACAAUCUUCUCGCCCGCAUAGGCCAAUGGACAUUGACGAUGAGAGCCUCGCAAUGCGCGACGCGGAGGGCGAUUUUGAUCCGACUCGAGAUACCACAGUAAGAGAGGACUUAAUGAGCUCCGACUCGGACUCCGAUAGCAAUCCGUCCGACGAUAAUGAGGACGAGGUACAGGACGAUGAGGACGAAGAGGAGGAAGAGGAAGAUGAUGGUGAAGAAAAUGAGGAAGAGGAGGAAGAAGAGGAAGAAGGCUCGUCUAAUUAUGAAGAGGAUGGAAUAGAAUUUUACGAGGACUCUGGGGAGGGCGGCGUUUUUCGUAUGUUUCCCUCUUCCGAGCGCGACGGUGGUAAUGUUGUAAUGAUACAACACAACAUUGAAAAUCAGGACAUCGCGAAUACAUCGACGCCAGUUAAUACGCGACCUAGUCUUCCAUGGAAUACCACAUUCCCGUUACCAUUAGGUCUGUUUGAAGAGCCCCCUGCAGGUUCUGAGAACAACGGCAUCAGUACUCACCCACUGUUAAUAUCGCAAGGAAGUUUGGACACUGCGAGUACUAGAACGCAACGUGCUCUACGACACAGGCGGUAUCAGUAUCUCCAGCUAUCCAAUCCACGUAGUUCAAAUCCACCUGUAAUAUUACAAAGACUUUUAGGUCCGGCAGCGCAGACACUCCCUUUAUCUGCUAGUCAAGUUUUGGCAUCGAGUUUUAGGGAUACCCGGGUGGUCGUAAUGGAUAAUGGAUUGGGAAUAUUCACUAAUCAAGAGGAAGAACAGAUCGAUUAUGUCGAUCAAUCUGGGUAUCUCUUUGGUCCGAGCCUUGCCGCAACCUUGAAUAACAUACCAACUGCAUUACACUGGUGGAUCGAAGAGAGCAAACAAUUAGACGGAGAUUCUCAACCUGAUUGUUGCGUUGGUGUUGUUCACAAGUUGAUACCUGGGCUGGAAAAGCAUAGGAAUGCUGAGCUCGCCGAGCGUAAGGAGAAACGUAAAAAACAACAUGGAUCCGAGAAAGAAAACGAAAAGGAUAGUAAAGAAGAGAAAGAACGUUCAAAUAAUACAGAAUCUGCAUUACCAAGUUUGACACUUGACGAACAGCGACCAUCUGCAUCAACCUCUCAAAGAACUGACGUGACGCCGCUUGUAGCCGGAGAAGAAACUGCGGUAGAAACUACAAGACAGGAGCGUACUCCGGAGGAGGACAUAAUCGAUGUAACAGGUGAAAUGGAAGUGACGGUUCAAGAGGACGAGGAGCGACCACCUCCACCACCGCCGGAGGAGCAGUCAACGUCCGACAGUCGUGAUCCACGUACGGCAAAUCGAAAUCCCACAUUAGAGCUGGCUGAAAGUAUCGUCGAUUCUGUACUUGGACCGUGCACUUCAGAAGCAACGAUUAGACUAAACCUACAUGUGUCUAAUGACGCGCCUACACAUCUUGCCCCAGCAGGACAGCCUGGACGAAGUAACUCAGAGACGUCGAAUGUCACUGAGUCAUCGUCUAACCGUACUUCGGCUACACCAUUGGUAGUAGAUUUUGGUCAAGAAACUAGCGAGGAUCUGUCGAGGGAAAGCAGUGAUUCGGCCGAUUGGAUCCGUAGACUCUUGACUGACGAUAGCCAGUGUCGAACUAGUGACAUUGACUUACGGCGUGUUGAACGAAACGCUAACAUCGUUAAUCAAGAUUCGACGUCUUCAAUUACGACCGAGACUUCCACCGCGGCAGGUACCUCAGAACAGUCGUUGCAGCAACCGUCGCAACAGCAGCCACAACAGCAAUCCAGCAAUCAGGAACAACAAUUGCCGGACGGUGUAGACCCGUCGUUCCUGGCUGCUCUGCCUGAAGAUAUGCGCGACGAAGUUAUUGCCGAGCAGCUCAGAUUGCAACGUAUGAGGCAACGCGCACAGACUUCUGCGGUCGAGGAACUAAGCGGGCCGGUUGAAGUAAAUCCCGAGUUCCUGGCUGCUUUGCCCCCGGCCAUACAGGAGGAGGUCUUGGCGCAACAACGUAUGGAGCAGCAACGACACGCGGCCGCCUCGGCAAAUCCGGAGGAUCCCGUCGAUGCUGCCGCCUUCUUCCAAAAUCUGCAACCUUCACUUCGGCAGGCUAUUCUAACUGACAUGGAAGAGUCCCAAAUAUCCGUCCUUCCCCCGGAGUUAGCUCAAGAAGCUCAAAAUUUGAGGAGGGAAUGGGAAGCACGUAAUCGACACAUGAUGCAGGAAAGAUUUCUCAAUCAUGUUAGUCAAAGCAAUACCGCUCUCUCGAGCAUAUUAAGAAAUUCUGGAAGAGCUCGCGGAGGCGGCACACGAUAUGCUAUUCACGCAGUACCUCAAAGAUCUCAAUGGAAUGCCUGGAAUGCACGCGGCGAUACAAAUAUGGCUCACCAAGGCGCUGGCUUACGAUUAAGAGGCCGGCAAUUACUUGAUCAUGAAUCGAUGGCGUGCCUGCUGGUGUUGUUAUUUGUCGACGAGCCAAAAAUUAACACGCUUAGGCUUCACAGAGUUAUCAGAAAUCUUUGCUAUCACGGCAGCACAAGGGAGUGGAUAGUGAAAGCAUUGCUGAGCAUCAUGGAAAGGAGUAACGAUGAGAAUAAGGAUAUCAUGGCAGAUUUUGGUGGAAAAUUCAAGAGAAAAGGAUUAUUAAAUACUCCCAUGGAUCUAUGUUCUCCAAAGAUUUUUGACCAAAGAAAUAACACACAAUCGUGGCUAAAUAUUAGUAUCGAUGCUGCACUCGGCUGUAGAGCAAAUGUAUUCCACAUAAUACGCCAUGCUGGUAAGAAAUCUGAAAGACAAGGUAAUAUUAUCGCAAUUCAUCCGCAGGCAGCACCUACCGUCUGCAGGCAUACUUUAGAACUGUUGAUAUCACUGGCUAAGAGUUUCCCUGGAUAUUUUGUGCCAAUCAAAUCUAAGGAUUUGGAUGAUAAAGAUAGUGGUAAGGAGAAGGAUGUGAGUGGCAGCAAAGAGGAGGGUGGAGCGAAAAACAAGUCUGUGUCCAAAGUAGGAAGGAGCGAUCUCCCAGACUUCUGGGAUUUGCUUCUAAAAUUGGAUUCGUGCGCGUCUAAAAAAGGAAAAUCGGUCGCGAGGACUCAUUCGAAUACGAAUUUGGGGAGUGAGCCGGAACACGGCAUAACGACAUUUGAAGCUUCCGCAUUCGGUCAACUUAUCUCGAUGCUCAAUUGGUCUGUGAUCAAGCGAAGCAGUCAACUGACGGAUAAAUUGCUGCGACUUCUGUCUUUGAUAUCCAUCGGUUUGACAGAAGUGAAUCCCUAUCGGCGACAAGAAGGCGGUGCGAAGAACAAGAAGACUGAACUCAAUAAGGAUCAAAGUGUCGCCGCGCCAGAGGGACACCUCAAGUUGGCCGUGCAGGUUUUAACCAGUAAGAGUUGUUCCGAGGAUGGACUUGAGGAUGCAACUGCGCUAUUACUUAACUUAUCUCAUUGCCCUGACCCCACUAGACAAUUGAUAUUAAAAUUACUCCUGGAAGGUGCAAUGGAAUUGGCAAAUAUGGUGUGUGAACAUAUCAACGAUUUGAUGAUGGAAUUGAAAGUUCUAAAUCGUGAAUUAAGUCGAAGAAAUUCUUUGGAGGACCAACCAUCGACCAGUAGCGGAAAUGGACGAGGAAUUUUAUUAGAUAGAUUUACUAAUGAAAAUGUAGUCGUCACAGCACCGAGUAAAGUUAAAGCCGGAAGUGACCUUCAAUUACCAUCGAUGGCUGCUCUUGUCAGUAAAACCUCUAGUCAGGCAUUCUUCUUGAGAAUACUUAAAGUUAUUGUGCAAAUAAGGGAAGCUGUGCGCUUAGCAAACACCAAGAAAACAACUAAUCAAACAACGGAGACAGCCAUGGAUACAGGCACCACAAGCAAUGCACCAGAGACAGCUGCCGAUAAUGCGGACACCGAUGUUCCUAUGGAUACAACGCAAGCAAAUACCUUGAGCCUUGAUUCGAAGACGUCCUCUUCUCGCAAUGAGGAAGAGAAAACCGCACUUCCAUUGCUGAGUGAGAGUUUAGUGUUAGAUAAUUUAUGGGAAACUCUUAGCGCCUGCUUACUUGAAUUAGAAUACACUCCUGAUCAUCAUGCCGUCCUUGUUUUACAGCCUGCGGUAGAAGCAUUCUUCUUGGUGCACUCGUCCUCAAGUACGUCUCGAGAUCGAGAUCGGGACAGUCGUAUUAACGCGACCAUCGAGAAUCGAGAAGUGGUACCAGACUUAGCACCAGUCUCUCCGAUAUAUUCGGACAACGAAGGUACCUCUCAGUCGGAAGCUCCUACUAAUGCUUCCUGGGAUAUCACACCGCCCCCGCAGAGAACAUUGCCACCAGAUCAGUUAAAGUUCCUCAAAUUUGCCGAAACGCACAGAACUGUGCUGAAUCAAAUUCUACGACAAACGACUACGCACUUGGCAGACGGACCGUUUUCUGUACUGGUGGACCACACGAGAGUGUUAGACUUCGAUGUGAAGAGACGUUACUUCAGAACGGAAUUAGAACGAAUGGACGAGGGUAUACGUAGGGAAGAGUUGGCUGUCCACGUUCGUAGGAGUCACGUUUUCGAAGAUUCAUUUAGGGAGCUUCAUCGAAGGAACGCGGACGAAUGGAAAAAUCGCUUCUACAUAGUCUUCGAAGGCGAGGAAGGACAAGACGCCGGAGGAUUGUUGCGGGAGUGGUAUGUCAUUAUUUCGAGAGAGAUCUUCAACCCGAUGUACGCCCUCUUUACGGUCAGCCCUGGCGACCGAGUAACAUACAUGAUAAAUUCAUCUUCGCAUUGCAAUCCCAAUCAUUUAUGUUAUUAUAAAUUUGUGGGCCGAGUAAUUGCUAAGGCUAUUUAUGACAACAAAUUGUUAGAGUGUUACUUCACACGUAGUUUCUAUAAGCAUAUACUUGGCAUACUCGUGAAACAUACAGAUAUGGAAAGCGAAGAUUACAGUUUUUACAAAGGACUCGUUUAUCUUACGGAACAUAAUAUUUCUGAUUUGGGAUACGAGCUAACGUUCUCCACAGAGGUGAACGAAUUCGGUGUCAACGAUGUGCGAGAUUUAAUACCAAAUGGACGUAAUAUAGUUGUUACAGAAGAGACCAAACUUGAAUAUAUUAGGCUCGUUUGUCAAAUGAAGAUGACUGGAGCAAUUCGUAAACAGUUAAAUGCAUUCUUGGAAGGCUUUUAUGAUAUUAUACCUAAACGACUGAUCUCCAUAUUUAACGAACAAGAACUUGAGCUAUUAAUCAGCGGCUUGCCUAAUGUAGAUAUCGAAGAUCUUAAAGCAAAUACCGAGUAUCACAAGUACACUGCUACAUCUUUACAGAUUCAAUGGUUUUGGCGUGCAUUACGAGGUUUUGAUCAAGCAGAUCGUGCAAAGUUUUUACAAUUCGUUACUGGUACGUCCAAAGUGCCGCUACAAGGUUUCGCCGCGUUAGAAGGCAUGAACGGCGUACAAAAGUUCCAAAUUCACAGAGAGGACAGGUCAACGGACAGACUUCCAUCUGCACAUACUUGUUUCAAUCAACUGGAUCUGCCAGUAUACGAGACAUAUGAUAAGCUACGUACAAAUCUACUCAAAGCGAUUCACGAAUGCAGCGAAGGAUUUGGAUUUGCAUAAGUUUGUUGAAACGCUGUCGUAUAUUGUAUAGCAGUUUAACAUAUAUGUAUUGUCCUGCCUGUUCAGAGUAAAUUUUACGAGAACUCGCUCCUGUAUAAUUACGCGUUCAUGCGUUCAUGCGUCCAAUCGAUGACGUUCUGGUGACACGCUUGGUCUUCAUUCAAGAUUCUAAUCGAAGCUCGUUUAACUCGAUAUAUAUAUAUAUACAUAUACACAUAUACAUAUAUAUAUACAUAUAGAUUCACGGAUAUGUAUAUACAUAUAACGGAUGCUGAUGUAAUUACGUAAGAAUUAUCAAUGAUACCCGAAGCUAUAGGGUUUAUUUUGUUGAGGAGGAUCUUGGAAGAAGAUGCUGAGCUUAACGAUAAUUCCCAACAAGGAAUGAUAAGGAGAGAUUAGUUCGGUUUUAUGAUAGGGAUAAGCUAAACAUAAGAUUCACACAUAAUUGUAAUAGUUAGAUACAUUAGUUUGUCAUAAGAAAUAAUAUAGGAUGAAAAAAAAUGUAAUAUACUGCACUUUGAAGUCAGCGAUAUGUUUUAACCGGUUCGAUAGUUUGAAUAGAGAUACAGCGGUGGUAACGGUAGCCUGGUUCUUUACCAGAAAAAAAGCAGCAAAAAGUCUAAAUGGACGAGUGCUUGUGCGAAUGAAAAAGAGAGAAAGUGAUAAGUGUGAGUGAAAGAGAGAGAGAAUUUAAUCGAAAGAUACUGAGCCUAAUUAAAAGAUUUCACAAUACGAAUGCUGUCCUUCCCUAAAACACUGUAUGGUUGUACACACUAUUAGUAUUAAUAAUUAUAACUAAUUCUUAAUUAAUAGUAAUGAUCAUUAAAUAUCAUUUUAAUAUUAAUCAUUCGAAAUGUGAUGUUAAACAAGUGUAAUUUCUUUUUCUUGAGAUCUAACGAAAUAAAGUUUACAGUUGAACAGA